CAAACUUCAAAACUUUUGCAUAAAAUCUUUGACGUGACAUUUCAUAUAUCGACUUAUAUGUGUGUCCAUCCAAAAAGAAAAAAAGACUUAUAUAUAUGUAAAAAAAAUAAGAAAACCAAAAAGUCAAGAGAAAAAGUAUUUUCGGGUAUUCCUUCUCCAACCCCUUUAGCGGUGAGAUCAAUUUCGAAUUGAUCCACUUAUAGUUGGAGUUCGAAGAUUUUCUGGGUUAUAUUUUUGUCACAUUCUUCAAUCUAUGUUCUUGUUAAGGUUGGAAGUUGUGUUUUCCACGCUGAAUUCUGGGAUCAAUAUUAAUUGGACCGUCCUAUUUUUGAUUUAAGGAAAAGAUUACAUUGUGGGGGUGGAGCAAAUGAAUGUUGUUGGUAAAGUUAGCAGCUUUAUAACACAAGGUGUGUACUCAGUUGCCACUCCAUUUCAUCCUUUUGGUGGAGCUGUUGACAUAAUUGUUGUGAAGCAGCAGGAUGGGACUUUUAGGAGCACCCCUUGGCAUGUUCGAUUCGGGAAAUUUCAGGGUGUCCUUAAAGGGGCAGAAAAAGUUGUCCGAAUUGAAGUUAAUGGCGUAGAAGCUGAUUUUCACAUGUACCUUGAUAAUUCAGGUGAAGCAUAUUUUAUCAGAGAGGUUUCUACUGGUAAUGAGAGCGAAACAAAUGGGGAUUCAAAGGAUUUUGAUUGUCAAAAAGGGGAAGUGAAUGCUAGUGAUCUUUAUAGAGUUAACAACGGAGAAAGUAUAACGGAUGGCGCUCUGUCCACACAUGAUAAUAAUGAUUCUAGUGAAGCUGAUUUACCGUCGCGACAUGAAGGUGUGACAUUGGGUAAUGAGCUAGCGGAAUUUGGUUCCAGCAGAUAUGAGAAUAUGGAUAAUGUAGAUGAGGUGUUAGAAUCGCAGGACCCCAGUUCUGAAGUUGUUAUGGUGAGUGUGGAUGGCCAUAUAUUGACAGCACCCAUCUCAUCAUCGGAAAGGAAUGUGGAAGAUGUCAAAUUAGACACGCCUAGGUUUAAUCUAGGCCCUGGUCAGGGGACAGAUUUAUUUGAUGGUAACUCAGAGUUCAUCACAGGUGAAGCUACAUGGGCUGAUGAUUAUUCGAGUGAUCAGGAGACACCAAACGAUGCUCCUGCAGAUGCUUGCAAUGUGAAGAACGAGAGCAAUACGGUUGAGCACCAGUUAAAUGUUUCUGAAGUAGAUGGUCAAUUUAGAGUAAAUUUGGAUGUGAAGAACCAGGAAAAUGGCCAUGUGGAGGUUACCUCAUGUGGCAAUAAGAAGGAUAAUGUGAAGAUUCUGGAAGGGGUUGACGAUUUAGAAAAGAAGUGUCCUGGGAAACUGGGAGACAACAGUUUGUUAAAUCCUAGUACUGACCGUCCCUGCAGUUCUCCUUCACCAGAUUUAAAGCUUCAAUGUAAAACCCUUCAGAAAUGUGAGUCAGUGAUGGAUUGUAAUGGUUCUGACGGCUCAAUAGACCAUCAGGCUGUUAGUGAUAAACAUCCAGAGGAACAGCAUGAUGUAUUUUUAGCAGCUGAAGAAAUAAAAUGUGUCCAGCAAGAACCAGAUGAAUGUUCUCAAUGUGAAAAUUCGAAGCGUCUUAUAGAAGCUUUUCUCAAAGUAAUAGCUACAGGGGUAGAGAUAUCUCUUUGUGGCAACUUGCUUUAUGCUGGAAUGGGUUCUAGUGCUGCAAGAGAAGCCUUUGAUGCAAAUCGCAUAUCUGAGGAUGAAUUCAGAAGUUCUUCAGAAUCCAUAAUCAAGAACGAGAAUUUAGUUGUCAGAAUUCGAGGAAACUAUUUUUCGUGGGAUAGAGCUGCUCCUAUCAUUCUUGGCAUGGCCGAAUUUGAUAUGGAAUUGCCUGUUGAAUGUGCUGAUAUCAUACCUGUGGAGCGGGAGGAGACCUCAAAAUCAGGAGAGGAUAAUAGUGGGAUCUCUUCGGUUGCUUCUGGACGGCGAUGGACUCUCUGGCCAAAUCCAUUUAGAAGGGUUAAGACACUUGAGGACAGUAACUGUAAUUUAUCAAAUGAAGAGGUCUUUGUUGAUUCUGAAUCUAGCUCAAUGUACCACCCUACAGAACCAACAGUUAUCACACAAGGAGGCAAGGAAUCUCCUCAGGAGCAACUUGUGAGAACAAAUAUUCCCACUUCCGGUCAAAUCACGUCUUUGAACCUGAAGGAGGGGCAGAAUAUGGUAACCUUCAUUUUCUCAACCCGAGUCCUAGGAGAGCAAAAGGUUGAAUCCCAUAUAUAUUUGUGGAAGUGGAAUGCACAAAUUGUAAUUUCUGAUGUUGAUGGGACUAUUACCAAGUCCGAUGUUCUUGGUCAGUUUAUGCCUUUGGUUGGGAAGGACUGGACACAUUUUGGAACUGCCAGACUUUUCUCUGCAAUCAAGGAAAAUGGGUAUCAGCUACUUUUUCUCAGUGCGCGUGCAAUUGUUCAAGCAUAUCUGACCAAGAAUUUCCUAUUUAAUCUCAAACAGGAUGGAAAAACUCUACCCAGCGGACCUGUUGUGAUUUCUCCCGACGGUUUAUUUCCAUCAUUGUACAGAGAAGUUAUAAGAAGAGCUCCUCAUGAAUUCAAGAUUGCAUGCUUAGAGGACAUCAAAGCACUUUUCCCACAAGAUUACAACCCAUUUUACGCAGGCUUCGGGAAUAGGGACACUGAUGAAUUCAGUUACAGAAAAAUUGGAAUUCCCAAAGGCAAAAUUUUUAUAAUCAACCCAAAGGGGGAAGUAUCAAUUAAUCAUCAAAUUGAUGUGAAAUCCUAUAUUUCAUUGCACAGUCUUGUUGAUGACAUGUUCCCACCAACAUCCAAGGUUGAGCAGGAAGAUUUUAACGCAUGGAACUUUUGGAAAAUGCCCAUCUCAGAUAUCAAUUACUUGUAGAGAUUUGUCUUCACAAAGUUUGUUGAUCUGGAAAGUUGAAAGCAUGUUAUUAAGCCCACUAUACAUUAAUCACUUCUAGCUUUGUGAAAAAGAGGUCUGUCAUUAUUGAUUUUUGGUCUCAUAUUAAGUGUAUAAAAACAGUUUUGUACUCGCAAUCAAUUCAUAUUGUUAUUUCAUUUAAAGAAUAAGGUCCUGAGGGAAUAAAAAAAAUCAUUUGACGCC